ACCUCAUCGGCCCAACUCUGAAAAUCACAUCAAGCACAUCACGCAAAGAGAAAGAGUUUUCAGGAAGUGGAGAGAUAACACAUGUGUUAGUGAAAGAGAUUACAGAGACAUCUGUGGAUUUAUUUGAAAAGCAGAACGAUGUCGUUGGUGUGUUUCACCGUUGUUUUUGUUACUUUUCUAAUGACAGGAGCUCAUUGUGAUGUAACAGAGGUGUUUGCUGAAGCAGGCGCUCCAGCUGUACUCCCGUGUAAAUCUACAAACAAUACUCCUUCUACCAUCAUUUGGACUAAAGCUAACAAAGGCACAGUUUGGAGAAAGCUAAAGAGUGGCCUGCAGUACUGGGGUUCUAGUUGGACACAGAAAGGGAUCCAACGUGUCCAAUGCCCUCAUCCCCAGUUUGUAAGAGGCGACUACAGCCUGCUGAUUAACAAUGUGCAGUGGGAUGAUGGAGGACUUUACUCCUGCAGCGUGGAGGCUGGAGGAUGGGUCGCUGAAAACCUGGUCAUGCUCAGAAUCAUCACAGUGUCCAUCUCUCCAUCCGAGCCCAUACUGGGCAGGGACGUGUCAGUCACCUGUGAUGUGACUCCAUGGCCUUAUGGAGCCUCUGUGCGGUGGAUGUUGAACGGCGGUCCAGUUUCGUCAGAGACCGCGGUCGCCUCAGACGGGGUCAGCUCUAACAGCAUUGUGAGGAAAAAGUUGGCCGCGAGGCUGUCAGGAAACUGGACGUGUGUGGUGAGCUACAAGGGCAAAGAGGGACGAGCUUCAGCAAACCUGACAGUGAGAGGAAUCAUCCAACCACCCACUGACAACACUAAGGUGUAUGCUGCUGUGGGCUCCUCAGUCACACUCCCAUGCAUCUUCUCUCCGGGCCUGAUUCCCUCCUCACCAGCGUGGGAGAAACUGCAGCCUGGGUCUCUUUUUAAACCGUCUCCCAGUCUCCCGCUGCCCUCCUUUUCUCCAUCCUCACCCUCCUCUCAGAAUCCUUGGGAUAAGUCUACCGCUUUGAAAGAGGUUGGUUUAAAGGAUGUGGGCAAGUACAGAUGCUCUGGGACCAUACAAGGACAAAAGCUGACUCGGGACAUGCAACUGGUCAUUGCUAAAAUUGAAAGCAGUGUUCCAUCAAAGAGAAAAGGUUACGUGACUGUGACCUGCCAGCUGUCCGACGACAAGGACGUCACCAACUAUGAAUGGGUUCAUGUGAGCUAUGAUGUCAACGGCACACAGUCAUUUGGGUCCAUUCAGACGGGGAAGACGCUGAUUAUCAGCCUGGUGUCAGAGGAGAACAGGGGCGCAUGGGUAUGUCGCUUCUCAGGCAAAGAAGGCAUUCUGGGAAACAUAACCUACCAUGUUCAAAUGAUGAGUGGUUUGAGUGGACAGGAAUCCACAGGUUUUUCACACAACACCGCUGCUCUGGUCGGACUCAGUUUGCUCCUACUUUUUCUGCUGCUGGUUGUGGCUCAAAUGUACAAGAACCACCAAAGGAGGAAAAGAGUGUUUCCAUACCCAGCCCUGGAAACAAUUGUUCACACCAUCGCCAAUGAGCGUGAGGAGAGAGAAAGAAACCAAGUGAAACAGUAA